CACGAGGAAAUACGCUCGAGCCCCGAAAAAAAAGAAUGACUGUCCCUUUAAAAAAAGUUCAGAGUUCACCGCUGCACGUGGUCACAGCAACAUGGCAGCGCCCUGAACGUUUUAAUAAGAAGUGAGUGUAAGAAGAAAGAUGGCAGAUGUUAGUGGCAGUCCAGUGGCUGAUCCUCCUCCUUCGAAGGAGGAGAACCAUGAUGACGUCCCCCAGGACUCCAGCAAGGAUAAUGAUGACGUCAAAGCUGAGGGGGAGAACGAGGCAGCCUCUGACCCCAGCAUGUACCGAUACAUCAAAGAGGACCUCUUCACAUCCGAGAUCUACAAAGUGGAGAUCCGCAAUCUGCCCAAGUUUGUCGGCUUUAACGACCUGAAGAAGUUCCUGGCCAAACACAGCCUCAACCCGCACAAAAUCAAGCUGUUCGGCAAGCAGACGUUUGCUUUCGUCACCUUCAAGAACGAGGAGGAGCGUGACAAGGCCAUGAAGAUGGUUCACGGCAUGCAGUGGAAGGGCCAGGUGCUGAGUGUCAGGCUGGCCAAACCAAAAGCAGACCCCAUCCUGAGGAAGAGGAAGCAGGAGGAGGGAGAGGGGCAGCCCCCAUCCAAGCGAACAGAGGGGGAUGAGGAAGAGGAGCCCCUCAGUGUCCAGAUAGCCAACGUGGUGACUCCUCUGUGGAAUGUGCCUUAUGAGGAGCAGCUAAGGAGGAAGGAGCAGGAGGUGGUGGGGGUUCUGCAGAGAUUGGCCAAAGAAAUUGGCAGCACCAACAAGGCCAUGUUACCAUGGCUGUUUGCACAGAAGGGGAAAUACAACAAAAUGUGUUGUCCUCUGGAAGCUAUCCGACCAUCUCCUACACAGACGGAGUACAGAAACAAGUGCGAGUUCCUCAUUUCAGUGGGCGCAGACGGUGAGGAUAAGACCAUCGGCUUCCGCCUGGGAAAAUAUAAAGGAGGCUCCUGCGCUGUGGUCGGGCCAGCUGACACGUGCCAUGUCUCGGCCGAGGCCAAGAGAGUGGUCAGCGAGUUUCAGAAGUUCAUCAGGACGACAUCGUACUCUGUGUACAGCCCUGAAACAUAUGAAGGACACUGGAAGCAGCUGACUGUACGGACUACGAGGACCAAACAAGCCAUGGCUGUAGUGUUCUUCAACCCUCAGAAACUCGAAGAAGAGGAAGUCAGUGCAUUAAAGAGCUCCAUGACGAAAUACUUUACCGAAGGAGAGGGAAAGGACAGCGGAGUGACCUCUCUUUAUUUUGUUAGAGAGGGUCAAAGGACUUCUCCUAACCCAGAGGACUUGCCCUGUGAGCUGGUGGCCGGAGAGGGCUCCAUUCAUGAGGAACUCCUGGGUCUGAAGUUCAGAAUAUCUCCUCAUUCCUUCUUCCAGGUGAAUACAGGAGCUGCGGAGGUGCUGUACUCUGCUGUGGGGGAAUGGGCCCAGCUGGAUGAGGACAGCACUGUGCUGGAUGUGUGCUGUGGGACAGGGACCAUCGGCAUCUCUCUGGCUAAGAGGGUAAAGAAGGUGAUCGGGAUCGAGCUGUGCCAGGAGGCUGUGGAAGACGCAAAAGUUAAUGCAAAGCUCAAUGGUCUAAAUAAUGUCGAGUUUCACUGUGGAAAAGCUGAGGAUGUGUUCCCCAACAUUCUCAACGCUCUUGUGUCACCUAACGUCACCGCCAUUGUGGAUCCACCGAGGGCAGGCCUACAUUCCAAGGUGAUACUUGCCAUCAGGAGGGCAGAGCAUCUGAAAAGGCUGGUUUAUGUGGCAUGCAAUGCCAAGGCAGCCAUGAACAACUUCAUCGAUCUGUGCAGGGCGCCAUCCAACAGAGUUCACGGGGCCCCGUUCCGUCCAGUGCGAGCCAUGGCAGUGGAUCUGUUCCCUCAGACUAUGCACGUUGAGAUACUUCUGCUGUUGGAGAGAGUGGACUACAAGUCCCAGCAGCAGCAGACCAGCAGCACUCAGGAAGAGACAGGGUCUUAGCCUUAGAAACAGACAGUUUUGAUAUGUCAGCAUGGGCUUUCCAUACUAAGUGUUAAUUAUCUGACAGGCCUUAGUCUUAACUUUUAAAGAGUCACUUCAACAAGUAGUCACUAGCGUCUCAGCAGUGAAGUCCUUACUUCAGAGUACAAUAUUAAUUUGUUCUUCAAAUAAGUUUUACAGUAUGUCCUGGAUUUGCUUAACCAAGCUUUAUGGAGUGUUCCUUUGCCUGUUCUGUCUUUAGUUUUUGUCAGCUAUGUAUGUGAGCUGUAUCUUAAGGCUACCUAGAUUUAGUUUUUUUUUUUGAAUCCUUGUUCAACUGUUAAGGACAAUGCUCCACAAACGGGAUACCAUGGAAUACAUAGCUUUACCCGUUUCAUCGUUCUGUGACUGAAUAAAAACAAAGCCAAAUCUAAUUAGUCAAGACAUUUUAUUUUGCAUAAACAAACAUCACUGAAGUCAUGGAGCUCAGGUUGCAAUACAUACUUCAUUUUCUAGGCAGCAACACAUGUAAAAGCAUUUUUCUUAAACUCUUCACACACUUGGCAAGACGACAAACGCACAGAGGGGAAAGCACAUUCUUUAAGCGAUCUACAAUAUCACUACAGCCUUGUGUUUAAACUGACGUGUCCUUUGAAUGUUUUGUAGAAAAACCACAGGCCAAAUACUUGACAAAGAAUGCACAGUAGUUUCUAUUUUGUUCCAGGAAGUAAGGAGUCUACAUAUUGUCCUGUGUAACUUGUUUAGACUGUACAGUUUGCAGCAACAUUAUUCUAGAAAAUGCAUAAGACUGGAUUUAAGCUUUGGUAUGCACAGUUUUGUCAGCUUUUGUCGGGCUAAAUGACUUGAUAGUAUUUUGUUCACGUCAGUGUGCCAACUACAUUUUGCAAGGCUGCCUUAUGAAAAAUGUAUUCUACUUCUGGUCAGAAAACAUAUUCAACUGUCACAAUGGUGGCAAACGUACACAAAAUACACAACCCAUUAAGACAAGUCUUAAAUCUGCCCAUGCUGUAGGCAUUUUUCCUUGAAGUAUCAGAUGGUUUACAGGCUGUCUUUAUUAAAAUACAAACCGGCUAAAGAAUAAAUGCUUCAUCAAGUAAAGGGGCUUGGUCUUUCCACUUCCUGCUGAAGGGUGUUUUAGGUCCAAUGUUUUGUAUAUACUCUGAGCCCUUCAUGAAAUGAGUUAACUAAGGCAACAUGUAGCCGAUGUGUUUUAAGGGCACCAAAAAUGAAAAGCUACUGAAAUGUAAUGUUGUUAGUUGGUGUGCAUGGCAUUAGUACUUCAAUAAAAAGCUAGCGUGAACUAAAGAGCAUAAAAGACACAAUCCUUUACCUUGAACACAUGACAGUACUUUGUGGCCCAGUUCUUGGAUUUACUGCAGUGUUGGUAUGGGGAGAAGUCUCUUGUAUUACCAAAGCAAAAGAAAAGAGAGAGAGAGAGAAAGGCAACAAGUCCCUCCAAAUAAUAA